CUCUUGCCUUCCCUUCUCUUCACACUGUUGAUUUUGAAAUCGUACACGCAACGCGACUUGCGCCUGCCUUCUCUUUCCCUUCCUUUCCUUUCUGCAAACUCUACAAAACAAUAACCACCCCACUUCGUUCACUCUUUAAUCAUUCACCUUCUUUCCUCCCAUUCAUUUCUUCUAGUCCUCACUAACUUGACUUCUUAACACCAGCCUAUCUAGAGAACUCACCCCUCCCCAUAACACCACAAACAUUAGCGCCGACCUGCCCAUCAUCUUUACCUGAUAUCCUCUUCGGAGGAAAGCUCUUCCGAAUCGUCCGUCGCCAUGUCUGUAACGGCGACUCGAUCGAUGCCUCCGGUACCGAACCGGGAGGAUAUCGUGCAAACAUGGGAAUACCUUCAGGCCGGUAUUUCUAAGAUUAUGGUUAAUCUGCAAGAUGGCAUGGACAUGACAACGUACAUGGGCAUUUACACUGCCGUCCACAACUUCUGCACAUCUCAGAAAGCUGUUGGCCUGGGAAGUUCUAACGCCGUAGGCCAGGCUCAUAGAGGAGCCCACCUCCUCGGCGAAGAUCUGUACAGGAAGCUUAAGGAGUACUUGACCGAUCAUCUGAACGGACUCUACGAACAGUCCAAGGCGCACACCGAUGAGGCGCUGCUGACCUUCUACAUUAGAGAGUGGAACAGGUACACUGUCGCCGCGAAGUAUAUCCAUCACCUCUUCCGUUAUCUUAACCGGCACUGGGUUAAGAGAGAGAUGGAUGAAGGGAAGAAGAACACGUACGAUGUGUACACACUGCAUCUGUACCAGUGGCGCACUGAGUUCUUUACCCUUGUCAACAAGAAAGUCAUGGAUGCUGUACUCAUGUUGGUCGAGAAGCAGAGAAAUGGCGAGACCAUAGAGCACCGACAAAUCAAGCAGGUCGUCGAUUCCUUCGUAUCCCUCGGUCUCGACGAGCACGAUGCCACCAAGUCGACUCUCGACACAUAUCGCUUCCAUUUCGAGAAGCCCUUCCUCGCUGCGACCGAGGAUUUCUACAAAGCCGAAUCUAAGCAAUUCGUUGCGGAGAAUAGUGUCGUGGAAUACAUGAAGAAGGCGGAGACUCGAUUAUCCGAAGAGGAGGAGCGUGUGCGCAUGUACCUCCACAACGACAUAGCAUUGCCUCUGAAGAAGACAUGCAAUAAGGCGCUGAUCGCUGAUCACUCGGCAAUGCUACGAGACGAGUUCCAGGUCCUGUUGGACAACGAUCGAGAGGAUGAUAUGGCCCGUAUGUACAAUCUGCUUUCCAGAAUUCCAGACGGCUUGGAACCUCUCAGACAGAAGUUCGAGACUCACGUUCGGAACGCUGGCCUUAAUGCUGUUGCUAAGGUGGCUUCGGACGCUGAGAAGCUGGAGCCUAAGGUCUACGUCGAGGCCUUGCUCGAGACGCAUACACGGUAUCAGGGUCUAGUCAAGCGCGCGUUUGCAGAUGAGCCGGAAUUCACUCGAUCUUUGGACAAUGCUUGCAGAGAGUUUGUGAACCGCAAUGAUAUUUGCAAGGCAGGAAGCAGCAAAUCUCCUGAACUCCUCGCCAAGUACACCGAUGUACUAUUGCGCAAGAGCGGAACUGGAGUGGAAGAAGCGGAGCUCGACACUACUCUGACACAAAUAAUGACUGUGUUCAAGUACAUUGAGGACAAGGAUGUUUUCCAGAAGUUCUACUCGAGAAUGUUAGCUCGACGGCUCGUACAUAGCAGUUCUUCUUCCGAUGACGCCGAGACCAGCAUGAUCAGUAAGCUUAAGGAGGCGUGUGGCUUCGAGUACACAAACAAGCUUCAGCGCAUGUUCCAGGACAUGCAAAUUUCCAAGGAUCUAAACACCGGAUUCAAAGAGCACACCAAGGGCCUCCAGUUAGAGAAGCAACCACUUGACUCUACGUACUCAAUCUUAGGAACUAGCUUCUGGCCGCUGACACCUCCUAACACGACCUUCAGUCCGCCGGCUGAAAUCCAAUCGGAUAUCGACCGGUUCACGCUCUUCUAUAGAAACAAGCACGAGGGUCGUAAGCUUACUUGGCUAUGGCAGCUUUGCAAAGGAGAACUCAAGACCGGGUACUGCAAAGCCUCGAAGACGCCUUUUACAUUCCAAGUUAGCGUGUACCAGAUGGCGGUUCUCUUGAUGUUUAACUCUAAGGACGCCCAUUCGUACGAGGAUAUCGCAUCAGUCACCCAGUUAAGUAGCGAGGCAUUAGAUCCUGGUAUUGGUAUUCUUCUCAAAGCCAAGGUUCUACAUAUGAAACCCGACGGCGAGAAGCCUGGUCCCGGAAAGAUGUUCCAUCUUAACUACGAUUUCAAGAAUAAGAAGAUCCGAGUCAACCUAAAUAUCGCCACCAAGUCCGAGCAGAAACAAGAAGAGGCAGACACCAACAAGACCAUUGAGGAGGACCGACAGCUAGUAUUACAAUCUUCUAUUGUGCGAAUCAUGAAGGCGCGAAAGAAGUUGAAGCACGCUCAGCUCGUUGGCGAUACCAUCAACCAGAUCAAGUCCCGCUUCGUCCCUAGAGUGGGCGAUAUCAAGAAGUGCAUUGAGAUUCUUCUUGAUAAGGAAUAUCUGGAACGUUUGGAAGACGACGAGCUUGGUUAUCUUGCCUAAUUCAGGGGAUUUCAUAUACCCCGUUCGGAGAAAAGUUGCAUUAAUCCUACGCAUAUAUCCCUAGUAUUUCCCUCUUCCAGCAUUUGUUUCCCGGUGGCGACUUAAUGCUCGUCAUCACACAUUCCGAGGGCGUGAAAUCAAAACUUGGGGGUUGGUUCUCCAUAUGAAAUCGGAUAGGGUUGGUUGGUUGGAAGAUUUUCGAGGCGGGCAACACGGACGAUUCCUGAAUUUACGCAUACGACGAGACUCCGAUAAUUGUCAAGUCUCCCGACUCUCGGUACUAGGAGGUGGAGGAUGGAAUGGGGCUGCUGCAUAUGGUUGACGACGCGACGAAAUUGGCAGCCCAGAAAUUGGUGGCACGCACUCAUGGGGGAGAUGUAGUCCCCAUUUGACCAUAGAACCUCGGAUCCCACUUUGAUGAACGCAUUGCUCUUACCCACGAUUACCGUUGCUUCUAGCCUUGCCAACGAACCGAGUUCGCUCGGCUAGUGAUCGCAAGUCUAAGCAGGCUAGGACUCCGGUACAUCUCUUGCUAUACCGAUACGUGUCGAAGCAACCCCCCAAAAUUAGUAGACACGAACGAAUAAACUCGCUAGAUACGCAUUGGCAUCUUCACCGUGAAUGUUUUCCUUCUUGAUUGUACGUAGACCUAGUCACAUAUACCAUUUUCAUUUCCCGGUAGUGUUGUAACUCAUAAUCAAUGUACAAAGUAAUGGUUCAUA